UUCAGCUCGCGAGUUCUUAAGCUUUUCGUCAGUCGAGGCAUGAGGUAUACGACAUCGCUUCAUCAUGAAGUUAAAAUUUUUUGAGAAUUCCAAUUGCUUGUUAAAUCGCAGAAAUCGUUAUCAGUUUCUGGCAACGUUUCUAGUGAAUAUUUCAACCUUUGCCCAUGGCAUAGGCAUUGGCUGGAUGUCGCCUGUGAUGAGGGACCUUCAAUCUCCAGACUCUCCACUUAACUUUGCAGUGUUUGUGGAGGAAAUAUCCUGGAUUGGUUCAUUGUUGGGCAUUGGCAGCAUCAUUGGUAACUUGUUGGCUGGUUUUCUACAGGAUCGCAUAGGACGAAAGCCGGUUUUAUAUGCCCUGGCAAUACCCUAUGUGUUCUUUUGGUUGUUGUCCUACUUUGCACAAAGUGUGGAAUACCUUUACUUGGGUCGACUCUUAGCUGGCAUCACUGGCGGCGGUGGUUACAUCGUUCUUCCCAUUUUCAUAAGCGAAAUCUCCGAUGCCAAAAUUCGAGGACGACUUGGUUCCAUGGUCAUGCUCUCUGUCAACACAGGCGUAAUGGUGGGUUACAUAAUAUCCACAAGUGUUGGUUAUUUCACGGCUCCAUUUUGCAUCAUCCCAUUGCCCAUAUGUUAUUUGAUUGGCAACCUUUUUUUGCCCGAGACGCCAUUUUAUCUGAUAACGAAGGGUAAAUUUGGUGCAGCUGAAAAGUCAUUUAGAUUCUAUAAGAAUAUCAAGGAGAAUGACAAUAAUUCAAUGAUUGAGUUCGAGGAUAUUAAAAUGAAGAUGUGCAAGGAACAGGCGCUCAAGGUAGAAUCUUUUAACUACAAGGAUUUUGUCACCAAAUCAGCAUUCAAUGGUUAUGCCACAUCGACGGUCCUUCUCAUAUGCAAUCAAUUCACUGGCACCUUUUGCUUGACCACCUAUAUGACGGACAUCUUCGAGAUCUCCCAUACAACAUUGGACGUCGGCAUGUGCACUAUUGUCAUUGGAGUUGUUCAGAUUAUAGGCACAAUUACGACAAUCUUGUUAUGCGAUCGAUACGGCCGUAAGGUCCUUUUAAUGCUUUCUUCUCUCGGAGCGAGUAUCUGCUUGGCUGCCUUUGGAUUUUAUAUUUACUUCGCGGAACGUUAUGAUCUCUCUGCAGUUGAUUGGUUACCCUUGGUAUUACUAGCACUGGAGAUAUUCCUUUGUCAUAUUGGUCUGGUGGGGAUUUUCUUUGUGGUGCUGGUUGAGGCGAUGCCAGCUCGGAUACGCUCGGUGGCAACUUCCACAUUUAUUGUCAUCCUCAGCGUCUCUGUUUUUCUGACAUUGAAAAUCUUUCCACUCUGCAUAAGUUAUUGGGGUCUUGCGAUAACCAUGUGGGCCGCCAGUGGUGUUGGACUCUUUGGCUUUAUAUACUUUAGUAUAUUUUUCAUCGAGACAAAGGGCAAAUCAAUGCUUGAUAAUUAAUGUGAUUUUACCUUUUAAGUAGAGUAAAGUAGGCAACAAAUCAAAAUCUAACCAAUUAUGUCUUAAUAAAGAACUUUUAACUUUUA